CCAGUUCACUCUUUCAUUUACCUCUGUGAUAAGUUUACAGUUCAACAAGAUGAGUUACCCUUACGGUGGAGGGUACGGAGGCGGUUACCCUGGGGCAGGGGGUUACCCUCAGCAACAACCAAUGCCAGGUAUGCCUACACCAGGAGGUCCCCCAUACCCUGGGGGUGCCCCCUAUCCAGGUGGGGGCGGGGCCCCUUACCCCUCUGGGGGGCCAAAUCUCCCCUAUGGAGUGCAGCCACCAGGGGGCAUGCCAGGACAGCUGGGAUUUGGUGGAGUGGAGUCAGCUGUGAGAAGUGGACCUGGUGGACCAGGGAUGCCACAGCCAGGGAUGCCACAACCAGGGAUGCCCCAGUAUGGGAUGGGUACAGGCUAUAACAGUGGUCCCCCGCCAGGACCAGCAUCAUACAACCCUCCUCCUGUGGCCUACCCUGCCCCUGCUGCCCCUGGGGGAUACCCCACUGUUACAGCCCCUAUGGGAGGGGCAGGAGGAUAUCCUACUGCAGCCUCAGGGGGAGGUUAUGGUGCCCCAGGGGGAUAUGGGGCACCCCCUGCAGCACAGGGGUAUCCCACAGCCUCAGCACCUGGGGGUUACGGGGCACCAUCAGCCCCCUCGGCUCCAACCCAGUCCCCGGCCUAUCACACACCCAAACCCCAGGCUGGCUAUGGGGGGUAUUCACAGCCCACUGGAGCCUAUGCAUAUAGUGUCAAGGAACAGGGAACUGUAAGAGACCACACCCCUUUCAACCCUGAAGAUGACAGUGCUAAGUUGAGGAAAGCCAUGAAAGGAUUAGGUACUGAUGAGAGAGCCAUCAUUGACAUUCUUGGAUUUAGGACAAACGCACAACGCCAAAAAUUGUUUCUGCAGUACAAAACUAUGUAUGGAAGGGAUUUAAUACAAGACUUGAAGAGUGAACUGAGUGGUAAAUUUGAAGAUUGUGUCCUGGCCCUCAUGUUGCCUCCUGAGAAAUAUGAUGCCUCGGAACUCAGGCGUGCAAUGGCGGGUUUAGGAACUGAUGAAGAUGCACUGAUUGAAAUUUUGUGCACAAGGAACAAUCGUGAAAUCCAGGCAAUUAAUGCAGCUUAUAAACAAAUGUACCGGACCUCACUAGAACAAGACAUCGCAGGAGACACAUCUGGUCAUUUUAAGAGGCUCAUGGUUUCUAUGGCAAAUGGCCACCGAGAUGAAAACCAAGCUCCUAAUAUGCAAAAAGCACAGCAAGAUGCCAGGAAACUGUAUGAUGCUGGAGAGAAGCGCUGGGGCACAGAUGAGUCCAUGUUUAAUGCCAUCUUGGCAUCACAGAGCUUCCCACAGCUCAGGGCAGUGUUUGACGAGUACCAGAAGUUAUCUAAGAACACUAUUGAGAGAGCCAUACAGAGUGAGAUGUCUGGGGAUCUGGCCAAGGGAAUGCUGACAAUAGUGAAAGUGGUGAAGAACAAGGCCUCAUAUUUUGCUGAAAAAAUGUAUACUUCAAUGAAGGGCCUGGGUACAGAUGACAAGACACUGAUCCGUGUGGUAGUCACCAGGUGUGAAGUGGAUAUGGUCCAGAUCAAAGAAGAAUUUCAGAAGAAAUAUCAGCAGAGUUUGGGAGCUUUUAUUAGGGAUGAUACAUCAGGAGACUACAAGCGAGUUCUGCUGGCAUUGUGUGGAGAGAGAUACUGAUUGCCUUACCCUCUGGGAAUAUUACACCCCCUGGGAAUGUGACACCCCCUAGGAAUAUGACACUUCUAGGAAUAUGACACUCUUAUUCUAGUAUCAGUAAUAUGUCAGGUCUGUGGAUUGGAAUAGUUUGUUUGUUAUAUAUCUCUUUAUAUUAUAUAAAAGUAGUUGCCUUCAAAGAUGGUGCGAUUCUUGACUAGCAUGCAACUGACUGCUGAAAUGUGAUAAUAGCAUGUACAUACUGAGCACAUGCACACUUAAUUGGAUUCAGAUCCAGAGAGGAUCUUACCCAAAGCCCUGCUCCCCUCCUCAUUUCAAUCCAGCCCAACCCUGUAGCUUGUCUUAUAUAUAUGAUCCAAAUAAUUUGAUUGGAUCUUAUAUGUAGUAAUAGUGGAAGAGAGUUUUUAAAGACUUUCAUUCCAACUUUGCCUCAGAUAUGAGCAAUGCAUCAGUUUAUUGGGACAAAACAGUUAUCAUGCAAAGUAAAAGGUAUGUUAUGGAUCUACAUUUAUGACAGAUGCAAAGCAGAAUCCUUAUCACCCCUUUAUAGUUAUAUUGAUAUUUUUGCUAAUAUACAUGUAGCGGAAUCUUCCAUUGGUAUAUUGCAAUAUGCGUUUAUGAUAUCUGUCAUUUUUUCAAAUUCUCUGUUAAUGGAUCUGUUGAAUAGUUUAAUAUAUAUUGCAUGUAAAUUUCAUGUUUUCUGUGAAUUUUUGUGAAAUGCUAUUGUCUAGAAAUUUAAUUGUCAUGUGUCUGUGAAAUUUAUUAUGGAUUAAGUUUGAGAAAGAAUGGUUCAAAUUCUUGUUGUAGAUUAAUUUUUUAAUUGAUAUAAGUAUCAUUUACCUUUUAACCUUUUUGAAUUUCUGGGUGGGUUUAGGGGCAGACAGUGUUAUCAUUUAACAAAACAUUUGAUUUGCAAAGAAACUGACAGUGUAUUUUAAAACAUUACUAUUUUCUUUUUUACAUGAAUUCUUAUUAAUCUGCAUGAUGUGAGGAUGAAAUUAGAUAGUCCAGCAGUGGUAUUGAAACAAUAUGAUCAGGCAGAUGACUUCACCUAUUCUUUUCUGUGUCUUUUCUUAGUCUUUAGUGAACAAGUGGAUGGUUGAAUACAGACAUAAUCACACUUUGAUGUCAUUAUGAUUAGAAAAAAAUUCAGAUGAUUUAAACCAGACUGUUAUCAUGUAUAGUUAUAGACCCAUACAUGCCUUCCAUAGCAGAGGCUGAGCUUGGAACCCAGUGCUAGUUUCUUUAAUUGAGACGUCCUCUGAUGCCCAUGAAAAGUGUGUACCUAUGGAGAUUUCGUAGUGAAGAAAGUGGCUACAUUGGUGGCAAUGGUUGGAUCUGGAAUAUUUUAGAGACUCUGUCUAGCAUGUACAUUGGCUUUUAUAUAUUUUUGAAUUAAAUGAUAGCAGCAGUGAUGUGAUAUACCCAUAAUAAUGGGAUGUAGACCCUGUUAUUGUUAUAAGCAACCAACCUAAGGUCUUUGCCUGUUAUCUACGGUAUAUGCAGCUUAUGCUGGGAAAAUGCCAGCAUAUUAGUGAAUGCCAUCAAUACCACUAACAUUGUGAUCAUGACAUUGCUAUGCAGUGAUAAAAAAUAAACAACUUUAGAGUGCAAUUUUAUUCUAACAUAUUUAUAUUUUUCAUAACUUCAGCUCACACUAUUAAUAUGCUGCACUUUGUACAGUAGAAUAUGGAUGAUUCUUUCAUCUUUCUGCUUGUUAUUUUUGUACCCCCUAAAUAACUUUUUGUGUAUAGAUUAGUUUUCAGGUUUUUGCUAAUUUUUCAUGUAAUGUGUUGAAUUAUAUUUGACAUGAUGAUGUCUUGAUUAUUGUACCCAAGAUGAUGUUGGAUGUGGUUAGUUUGAUGUUUUGUUGAUUUGUCUUUUUUUUGAAAUGUGUGUAAAAAAUUUCUUAAGAAUUACAUCUCUUGUAAAAAUGGCUAGUCAAUUUUGGAGGUUGGAAGUCUGUUCCAUAUGAGAAUUAAUAAAUUUAGUAAUAUUUA